AUGGAUGCAGGGACUAAGCACGGCCGUAAUGUCUCCAGAUCUUCAAGACCGCGUAGUUCAACUAAAGGCCCUCUUGAUCAACCAGACGACCCUCUCAAUGUUGAGAGCUUGAGCAAGAUCUCGACACCAUUGAUCUCAAAACCAGCUGAUUAUGGAAUGUAUACCGGCGCUUCUUUCAGCACUUUGGAUCCGUUGGCUCCAGAAGAACUGUCAACGAAUCUGGAAAAAGACCUUUCCUUUCUUCUUCGGUACGACAACUACCAUUCUCUCUCACAAGUCGAUAUUCCACAUGCUUUGCGAUCCGAGUUCAUAUCGCUCAAACCUGAUGAGUCCCUGACUUCAUCACUUGGUACUCUUGAGGCGUUGCUAGUCAGAGGCCAUUUCCUUUCAGCGGCCUACCUCUGCGGUACUAUCUUGACGUCGUCACUUGUUUCUCCUACCGACAUCAAGCAUGUUUUUGCACUGUUUUACACACGGUUGGCAUGCCUGGAGCUUUCAGGCAACACUGUCAUUGCAGCUCAAGAAUCCAAGGCUCUCGAAGAUUUAAGCUCGACAUUCUACUAUGUGGAUCCUCCAACAAAGGCCGCUGACGGGCAUCAUGACCACCCAAACAACCCUCGUCAUAUCGCGCCGUGGCCGCUACGUAUUCUGGCUAUCAGGUUGCAGAGUAUUGGAUUUGGAGACUCACGUCGGGGGAUUGGCGGGUUGUAUGAGCUCGGAUUGGAAGCGCGAAGGGAGAUAGUGCGUCCGGAUCUGAACCCUACCGAACGGGAAAUAUGGAGAAGUAGACUAUCCGAUCUUGGAAUACGGACGGUGAAUGCAUUGAUCGAGAUGGGGGAUCUCAGUGCAGCCAAGAGGUCGCUAGAGAGCCUGAGGCAAACGAAACCAGACCAUGUAAUCACCGAUACAACUGUGUUUGGAAAUUGGCGACCCACGGGGGGCAAUAUUAAAACCUCUCCUCUGCAUGGCAGAAGGCAGUUAUGA